CCAUUUGGAUGGUAGGCUGGUACGAACGACCAGCUUCAGCGAGAACGUGACGCAUUUCCCUUGCUCCAGCCUUCCAGUUUGCUAUUUGUGUCCGACGAGUUUGAGAAGAAAACUAUUUUGGAAAAAAUAAAUAAUCCAGUAUAAUGGUUGCCAGCCUUUACAGAAACAUUAACAUUGCAAGCCUUUUACAUUGCAAUAAUAUCUUGCCAUUUUCGCCAAUUUUAAUUUCAACAAGUUCUGUCGUGUUUCUGUCGAGCCACGAGGGGUAGUAGCGGGCUAGUCAUCAUUAGCAACAUAGCCUCUUUAGCAAACCAGCUUGAAAACACAACUUUACAUUGAUUUGCACGCAAAGCAUGACCGUGCAAUGCAUAAAUUGGUGACCGGAUUAAAGCAGCAAUGAAAUCAAGUGUGUAAGAGGAUUUAACAUUACAACCCCCAACGUGGUACAAAUACAAAGAAAAUACAGCUCAAUCCCCAUUGACUAUGGGCGCAGCCAUCUUCUUUGCUAGUUGUACAGAUCUGCUCGCUCUACUUUGAAAGCGACGAGAUACUACGACCGAAAGGGGGCGUGCCUCAGUGAAAUGCCGCAAGAAAGCUGGGAGAUUUGCGACUUUACCACUUCGUACAUCCAAAUGGAUAGCAGCAUUAUCUUGAAGAGCAGUAGCAGCUUCUAAAUCACUGCUAACAGCUUCCGGACCAAUUGGAGCGGUUUCGAAGACAUAAUGCCGCCCAAAAAGAGAAGAACACCCUCAACAAAUGGCAAUAUAGAGAGGUUUUUUAAAAAGACAGAAGUAAGAGAGAACGCUGGUGCGAACAGGGAAGAGGUCGGGGAGGAAGGAGUGCCAGGUGGAGGAGUCACAGGUGGAGGAGUCACAGGUGGAGGAGUCACAGGUGGAGGAGUCACAGGUGGACGAGUCACAGGUGGAGGAGUGCCAGGUGGAGGAGUCACAGGUGGAGGAGUGAGAGGUGGAGGAGUGCCAGGUGGAGGAGUGCCAGGUGGAGGAGUGCCAGGUGGAGGAGUGCCAGGCGGACGAGUGCCAGGUGGACGAGUGCCAGGUGGAGGAGUGCCAGGUGGAGGAGUGAGAGGUGGAGGGAGUCAGGAGAACCCUGAUGCAACCCAGGAGGAGACUGCAGGGGGUGAGAGGACCUCCAAUCUACCGGACACGCCCUCUGUGAACCCAGACACGCCCUCUGUGAACCCGGACACGCCCUCUGUGAACCCGGACACGCCCUCUGUGAACCCGGGCACGCCCUGUGUGAAGCAGGAGGAAAUGGAAGAAGAGCAACAUGGACAUACCAUCUACUGGAAGUAUGACAAAGAAAAAAAAAAAUACAGGUGCUACUGCAACAAAGCUGGGACAAUCUACGAAUCCCUUCAGAGAUUUCCUAAAUUUCAAGAGCUAGAACAAAAAAGUGCCAAAGCAGAUCCCAAAAAGAAAAAAGAACUUGUUAUUCUCAUUUCAGUUAGGACAGCUAUAAGUUCACAUUUUCCAUGCUCGCACAUUCCUACUGAAAACCUGACCAUAAAGUUCAUAAAUGCAAAAGAUAACCAGACAACCACGGAAAGUAUAAAAAUAGAGAAUCCUGGCGAGAUUAUUCGAUUUUCCAUAAAAACAUCUGGAACUACAAACAUAAGAAAAGUGGUUAUGAAAAAUCUUGAGCUGAAAGAAAUAGUGGAUGAGGUUUUGGUGUAUGGGUACAAAGGUCAAACUGUUAGAGAAGCCCUGGAGCAAGAUGGACGUUUUAAUGACGAGGUAUUACAAAGCAAUUAUUUUCUGGAGGACACAAAGGAUGGUAAUCUCACUGAAAUGUCCAGCCCUGUAGAUGUACUGCAUGAAAAAUGUUUCUCGGUGAGGCGUAUUGGUAAAAACGGGACAAAACAGGAGGCAAAGUCAAGUAGGACUGCAAGCCCCAAAGGCAAUCAGCCAACCCCAAAUCCAAGCAAGCAGCCAAAUCCGAGCGAUCAGCCAACCCCAGAUCAGAGCAAUCAGCCAACCCCAGAUCAGAGCAAUCAGCCAACCCCAAACAAGAGCAGUCAGGUGUCCAUCUAUCAGCCUAUACCGAACUCUGAGGACCUGUUGCAACUCCUUCGUUCUCAGUUUAAAGAUCUAGUCAAACAAAUGAAAGAACGGCAGAAUCUUACUCCUAUAGCUUACCGAAAUCUUCUCUCUCAAGAGUUUGGGAAAAGCACAAAGUUUUGCCAUGAGGUGAGAGCGAUGAGGAGGUUUCUAGAGCUUGGUAAUUCUGUUUGCCAGGUGAGAAUAGAUGCCUCGGCAGCAGGGAGUGGCUUUCUUCUAUUUGGAAAGUACAUCCUAACAAACGGCCACGUAGUCCUUGAUGAGGCAAAACACCCGAGGGAAAAGAUAACUGUUAUUUUCUCCUAUGAGGAACUUACAGACAGCCAGUUAAUGGAUGUGAAGGUCGUUGCCAGUGAGCUUUGUGAUGAUGCUGCAGGCCACAAGCAUGAUUGGGCUUUGCUGGAGGUCUGUGAUGAUCUAAAUGCCCAACCAAUAAAGGCAAAGCCUCUACUGAAGGACUUUGGAUUGGUUACUGAAAGGGGUCAGAUUUGCAUCAUCGGGCACCCGGACGGGAAGGUCAAAAUGAUGGACCCAUGCUUCACAAUCCCUCUCUCUGAACGUGAGAUUUUUGUAACUGGAAAUUACUUUUCUCCAAACCCAAUGGACAGGAAGAUACAUACCUAUGAAAGCUGUUUUUAUGGUGGCUCAUCUGGCUCACCUGUCUUUGAUCACAAUUACAAAGUUGUAUCGAUGCACACUGGGGGAUUCCCCGUCGGCCAGACACAGGGCUAUGUCCUUGAGUUUUCACUUCCCCUGUCACUCAUUAUUGAACAAAUCAUUAUUCAGAUAGUGAGAGAAAAAAAAGUGCAUGUGCUGUUGGCAAUGAUCACCUGCGUCAUUCACCCAGUAGUGAAGGAUAACAUAAAGAAAAUAGUUGAAUUGAACCCCACAGAAUUUGUGUGGACAGAAGAUGAAAUGAUUAACCUCACCGAAUCAUUCAGUGAAAUAGACAAAGCGCAACUAAAGGGCUUUUUGGGAUUUUUCUCACAGAGAGAUGAACCCAUGGAUACCAGCAGCUAGGGUAUGUUAGCUUUACUUUAGUAAACCUCUACUU